AAUAGGAAGAAUACCUACUCUACAUGAUGUGACGUUUGUGAACUGCAGUAUAAACCUGAAAGCCCUAAUGGAUGAGUUACGCAGUACAGAUAACAUUUCGUCCAUUGCCAGUAAUACCCAGAUCCUUACUUCUGUGCCGGAGAAACUGACCACUGAGAACAUCUCUACUGCUGCUGAUAUUGCAGACCAGAUUCUGAAAAAUUAUUCUAAGGAAGCUACUGCUACAAUGGCUGCAGUGGCUACAAUUAGCCAACUUUUGGAUGCCAGAGUGAGUGAAUUCAACUUUACAGACAAGGACUUUACUAAUAUUACAGAAAGCCUCACACAGACACUGGAAAAUUUCUCUUUGGAUGGCUCUGCUAUUCAGCCCAAUAUUGCAGUUCAGAACAUUUCAUUGAAGUCAAAUUCAACUACAGCUUUUUUCUCUGCACAGACAGUAUCAGGAAGAUUACAGUCUGAAAAUAUUCAGGUAUCUGAAAAUGACUUUAACAUUACCAGCAAUACAGAAGUUAAAAUACAGAUCAGCAUUACAAAAAACAACAGUUCACCUGGAAAUGGAAGUAUUGGCUUUGUUUUGUAUCAGAAUGACAAAUUUUUUCAAUCAGAAAGUUACAAGACUCAUUUUAAUCAUACUAAACAAAUUAUCUCUGGCUGUGUUGCUAAUGCAACAGUCAAUGAUGUUAAAAUAGUCUUCAGCCCAAAGUACAAUAAAUCGGAAAUUCUGCUGCAUGAUUAUGCAUGUGUCUUUUGGGAUUACAAUGCAAAUGACUGGGACACAAAAGGCUGCACAAAAGAAGGAAACAAAUCAGAAUUGAGAUGCAGGUGUAAUCACACUACUAGUUUUGCUGUAUUAAUGAGCUUCAAGAUCAAUUACAAAUACGCAAAACCUCUAGAGAUUGUCUCAGACAUUGGUAGUGGAUUCUCCAUUGCUGGUCUGGUUAUUACCAUUCUAUUUCAAAUUCUCACCAGGAAAACACGAAAAUUCUCAGUUACCUGGAUGUUGGUGAAUCUCUGCACAUCAAUGCUGAUUUUCAACAUCAUCUUCAUCUCUGGAAUUGACAAUCCAAAUGCCAAGAAUAACGUUGCUGUUUCCACCAACAACACUUUACUGGACUCAGAUCGGGUAGAUCCUCCUGAAAAUGCCUCGUGUACGGCUGUGGCUGUCUUGCUGCACUAUUUCUUGUUGGCAACAUUUAUGUGGACAGCGCUCAAUUCUGCACAUUUGUACUUAUUGCUGCUUAAAACCCUGAGGCCCAUUCCUGGACACUUCACUUUAAUCAUGUCCAUAAUUGGAUGGGGAGUGCCUGCUGUAGUGGUUGCUAUAACACUUGGAGCUACCUACAGACAGGGCAAGCAAUUAAACUACCGACAGGAAGAGUUUUGCUGGCUUGCAGUCCUGGAUGACAAAGGGGAAGUGAGCAUAAAAAAGCCCAUGAUAGGGGCAUUCCUUUUGGUAGUGGCAGUCAUCCUUCUGUUUAACAUUAUCAUCUUUGUCAAGAUCACUGUCGUUGUUAUGUGGAAGGAGAACACAAAUCUGACAAGCAAUAAAAAGAAAUCAUUCACAACGAAGAUAUUUGGCACUUUAUCUGUAGCUGUAAUGCUUGGAAUCACCUGGGUCCUGGGCUAUAUGAUGCUAAUAAAUCAAGAGGAAACAAAUAUGGUCUUCAGCAUUUUGUUCUGCAUUUUCAAUGCCACCCAGGGACUUCAGAUCUGUAUUCUAUAUACUUUCAGAUCACCAAUCUUCAAGAAAAAGGUUACUGAGCUGUUUUCCUUUGUCUCACUGCCGGAUAUAUCGAUUUACUUGCAUUCAAAGACUUACUAUCUUUUAAAAUUCCGUUCUAAAAAACACACAUAUGAGAACUUCAAACCAUCUGAGAACUUUUCAGAGGAAACCUCCUUUUCCGGCAAUGAUCAGACAUCUAUGAAGAAUUAAAAUGUAAAAUUUCAGCUUUCUGAGUUUGUUCUAGAUAGGGAUCAUUGGUGUUUUGAGUGACAUGACCACUGCUCCUGGAACAAGCGUUGGGCACAGAUCAGAAGACAGUAGGACAGCUCCCAAAAAUGUAAGGCAGGAUAACAGCUGUACAGAGCUUAUAUGUGGCACUUUAACUGUACACAACUAAGAAAGUUCUUACUAGGGAAGUUGAAGGUCAUUACAAUAUUGCACAAAAUAGAAGAGCGUCUGUCUGACUUGGUCAUGUCUGUCUGUUCUCCCGAUAUAGCUAUUCCUGGCCUAUCUAAUA